GGAAGUAAAGCGGAAGUAGCGUUAUCGUCUUCUUGUCUUGAACCAUGCUUGAAUGGAGGUGACCUUAGGUACUACCAAACUGUGAAGCAAGGCAACCUGGGCGACAGCUUUGUACACCGCGUCAGUCCGGUCCGGCUUAGAUGCUAAACUCGAGUCAAAUAUUAGUGCGAACACUUUGCGGAGAGAGCAGGACGAGCAGAGAUGGCAGAGGAACACCAGGCCCGCAUGCAGAAUGUGGUGGAAGAUAUGGUCCAAAGCCUGGAGAGGGACCACAUCCGUAAAAUGCAGGUGUUUUACCUGCUCGUCCUGCCUACUGGAACUUUUAUGUAUCUGAACCUUGUUUUCUCUCCUCUUUGCCCCCUUCAGGACCGCCUCACCAGAUGCACGAUGCACUGCAACGACAAGGCAAAGGAUCUCUUCGACUCCGGUGCGAAGGAGCCGGCUGUUCGGUCAAUGAUGGAGCGCUGUGUGGGCAGUUGUGUGGACGACCACGUUAACCUGAUCCCCAGCAUGACCCGAAGAAUCAAAGAGAAUUUGGACUCUAUAGAGCAGUGAACAGCCUUGGCUCAUUUACACUCAUACAUACAGCAGCGCGGGUUAGUCAGCUCAGUUUGACCAGUAACAACUGAAGAAUAGAGGCCUGCGACACCAUGAAAGGGUGGCGAGUAAAGUUUUAAAAUGGAUCAAGUGAUGGGAAAGACUCUGAAUGUUGGUGUUGUGGAGAUUUAAAACUGCUCUUUGUGAGAUGUGUUAUUUUACUGCGUGUAAUCUACAAACAGUGACCUCCCUGGAGACUGAGAGCUCAGUUUUUGGCUUGUUGGAUGCUGGUUUAUCUGCAACGAGAAAGAAAUCCAGCGAUGCAUCUGGUGUCGCGUCACUGUGUGUGAAUAAGACACCAGCUCGAAAAAAUGAAACCUGUUAAGUGUGCAUUUAAAAUGUAUAUCUCAAACCUCACUCUGUGCUUAUUUGAGACUCACAUUUUAAAGUAUAGAUUACAUCAUCAAGAUUUAAAUGUGCAUCUAUUAAUGCAUAAAGCUGUGAAUGUGUUCAGCUCCUGUUAUUUCAUUUCUGCAGUUUCUCUCCAGCGUGAGCCGCCUCAUCCCUCGUGCUUUUUUAUUUUGUCAUUUUACUGUGAGUUGUUCUGUGAUUGUCUGACCUGCCAUGGUGAGAUGUUUAUAUAUCUAGAUUAAAAGUACUGUAGAUGUACCUGUU